ACAGUUGGUAGAGUUCUGAGGGUGGAGAAGAGAGGAAACAAACAUCUGACUGAUCCACGGACUCUUCCUUUACUUAUUUAUUGUGUCUUAUCGAUCAGCCUUGGACAUAUAUCUGAUCGGAUCGAUGGAUUAGUGCGGGGCGGCGGCUGCGGAGACAUGGAGUGUAUGUGUGUGUGGUUGGUGUGUGUGAGUGUGUUCACUGUGUGUGUCAGUUCUCACAGCGCAUUGGACAGAAGUGAUCAUCAUCAUCAUCACCUGGUUUCCAAUGGCAACACAGCCUCAGAUCUGUGUUUGAUAGACCAGCAGCUCUGUCACGAUGAGAACUCGGUGCUGAGUUUUGAGGCCAUCUGCAGCAUCCACAAACUGAUGGAUGAUGAUGCUGAUGGCACAGUGGACACAACUGAGACUGACGAGUUUCUCAGGGAGGAUCUGAAGUAUCAUGACUCCAAAGCCAAACACAGCAGCUUCCACCGAGCUGACCUUCACAUCAGCGUGGAGGACAUGUGGAACGCCUGGAAGAACUCAGAAGUAUAUAACUGGACGGUGCAGCAGGUGGAGGACUGGCUCCUGGUCAGUGUGGAACUCCCUCAGUACACAGAAACCUUCAGGAAACACCAGCUGGACGGGAGGGCUUUACCUCGACUUGCAGUGAAAAACACCACCCUGACCGUGUCCGUGUUGAAGAUCUUGGAUCGGAGUCAUGCCCAGAAGCUGCAGCUCAAAGCGUUGGAUACGGUGUUGUUUGGACCGCCACCAGACCGGCAGAACCGCUGGAAGGACCUGGUUCUAGCUCUGUCGGUCCUCAUGGCACUGGGCGGCUGCUGGUUCGCCUACGCUCAGACCAGGAAGUCCAGAGAUGACCUGGGGAAGCUGAUGAAGGACUUGGAGGGGCUGCAGAAGGCUGAGCAGAGCCUUCUGGACCUGCAGGAGAAGCUGCAGAAGGCUCAGGAGGAGCAGCGUUGUGUUCAGGUGGAGAAGGUGAAGGUGGAGGAGGAGCUGAGGAACGAGAUCAACUCGGCCAAACAGGAGGCUCAGCGGCUCCGCGAACUCCGAGAGGGAACUGAGAACGAGAGGAGUCGACAGAAGUACGCUGAGGAGGAGCUGGAACAGGUGCGUACGGCGCUGAAGAAAGCAGAACGGGAGCUGGAGUCGAGGGUUCGCUGGACGCCGCCAGAGCCUCUGCAGAAAUGGCUUCAGCUGACGCAUGAGGUCGAAGUUCAGUACUACAACAUUAAGAAACAGAGCGCAGAGAGGCAGCUGCUGCAGGCCCGAGAGGGGGCAGAGAAGAUCAAGAAGAAACGCAGCUCUCUGUUCGGGACCUUCCAUGUGGCUCACAGCUCUUCACUGGAUGAUGUCGACCAUAAGAUCCUCUCUGCCAAACAGGCCUUGGCUGAGGUGACGGCGGCUCUUCGGGAGAAGCUGCACCGCUGGCAACAGAUCGAGUCUCUGACCGGAUUCUGUUUGGUGAAUAAUCCGGGUCUGGGAGCCCUGGCUACGGCUUUGAACCUGGACCCGGCCUUCCUGGGUCUGCGACCUCCGACCCCUCAGCACCUGAUUCUGUCUGAUGACCUGGAUGACAUGGACGAGGACAUCCUGUCUCCUGGGACCCUGCAGUACGCAGCGUGGCAGAUGGACCGGCGAGUGAGCGACCUUUGGCCUCUCAGUGGCAUCGCAGACACCCAGUCACCAUGGAAACACUCUGCUCAGAGUCUGAUGCCCCUGCGACAGAGGACAGGAGACCCCGGUUUGAUGUUCAGCUCUCAGAGGGACAUUAUGAAUCGCUCCGACUCAGACUCCGCCCUCCCCCUCUCCCUCAGCGAACCACGGGGUCUGUACAGCUCUAAGCCCUUCCUCCUGCCCUCUAAGCUCCACCCCCUGAAGCCUCAGGGCUCUGGCGGUAGUCUGGAGAAGAGUUCUAGCCUUGGUGAGCUGAGAGGGAGCCCCGUCCUGGCCUCCGCCUGCUCCACUCGAUCCCUCUGUGUCACAUCAGACGCUGCCGUCGACAGCCCGUUCGCCUUCUCCUCCGCCUCCUCCAGCUCGUCAGGGAGUGCCAGGGGGGCGGGGCUUCAGCCGGCAGUCAGGAGAAGCCCUGUGGAGGAAGAUGGAGGCGUACAAGGGGAGGAGAGUGAGUCCUCAAGUGGACGGAGGAGAAACGCUUUUAAUAAAAUCUUCAAGAAGAAGCAGGGACGACACUAAAGGUCCAGACAUUCUACAUCAGAACCUCAAAACCAUCCGUCAGGACCUUUUCUGCCAAAGUGUUCAACAAAUCCUCAACAUCUCCAACCCUCAAAACAGCAAAUAUACCAAAAACAUCAGUCACUGUGCAAUGUUCACAUGAACAUUCACAAGUCGUCCACAAGACUCUGUGACCUGAAUGCAACACAAACCUGCUCUGUGUCCAAAGACGAGACAUUACAACCUCAGAGACCAAAACUGACUAAAGUGUUCAGAUGCUUUUCAUCGUAUGAUAGAAAGAAAAAUAUUACUCCAGCUUUUAAUUAAUUCUCUCUAUAGUUCAUGUGCAAAGUCCACACUGAAACAUUGUUAGUUUAACACUAAAGGCUUUUACACAUACGAGGCAUGAAAAACCCCCAAUAUAACUGAAUCAGAAUAGAGUCUGCUCAUCCUGCAGGAAUAAUAAUGAAUUCAGCUUCAUCUGGAGGUCUCAGUACAGUCAUUCUAGUGUGAGCUCCAGGGUCUUCUAUUCCUCUGUCUAGUCUAGUCCACAAUAGUUGUACCAUGGGAUGACACUGCUCCACAUGGUGUCUUUCAGUUCAUUGGCUUUAUCAUUUGUGUCUUUCACAGUGUGGAUACAAGUACAAAUAAUGAACUGUUCUGCCAUUGUUCAUAUACAGUGAACUCAAUUGGUCAAUGGCUACAUAUUUGAUCAGAAAAAUAGACUUUGUUCAGAGAAAAAUACAUCUUAUUUUCUGAUGAAAAUUGUUAUUCUCUGUGAAACAAAAGACCUUAAAGCUAUUUCUGUAUUUAUAGACCACUGAGACAUCAGGCUCAUGUUAACUACUCUGGUAUAAAAUUCAAACUGACCAAGUUAUUGUGGCAGAAAAUGAUGUUUUGACUUCCUGUGGGCCAGUCAAUGAAUGGGACUAUUCUGAAAAGAUAAUUUAUUACUCUUUUAUCUCUUGAGCACAACUGCCACUUAACACAUUGGAGGCUACAUUAAUGACUUUGCAGAGAGCUGACUAUUCACUUUUUUUCAUCCUCUAAAUUGUCACAACUCAUCUUUCAAAAGAGCGCAUCGUGCCAAAAACUAUUUUACAGAGGACUUAAUACCUUCGCAGGGCAGAUUUAAUUCUUAUCUUAUGCCUCCCUUGUAACUAUUUCAGGUGGUGCGACCCUUAAAAUAUUGCACUAAUUUAAAAAUUAUGCAUUAUACUACGUUUGACCUUAUGCAGGUGAAACCACAGACAUAUGAUAGACAAGAUGCCUAUAUUGUCAUUGUACUGGUGCAAAACUAAAAAUUCAACCACAUUCCCAUCACAUGUCCAUUAAGGACAGGGGAAAGUGCAUGAGUAUGAAAAAUGAUUUAAAACGCACAAAUAUUAAAUAAAUUCUGUUAAUAUGUAGAUGCUAUGUUGGACAAGCCAUGACAGGUACAAACAAAAAAAGGUAAACGGAAAAGCAUUGAUUUUCCUGGAUGAAACACGCUGUAAUGUUUACAUUUCUCAGCUAAUAUGAGUGAUUUGCUUUUAUAUUUAAGGGCGCAUUAUCAAUGUGAGGUAAAAAAAAAUAUUUGGACAUUCACUUUUUUUCCAUUUAAGUUCAGUUUUAGGUUCAGACUUGUACCAGUUUCUUCCUGGUCUUUCGCUAAAGGUUAGCUUUAAAGUCUGUUACAGUAAAAGCUAAAAUAUUGACAAUUCAUCAGAAUAAGUUAUCACAUAUUUAAUAAACUAUGAAAAAGCUUUUAUAAUUUUAUUAAUAUACCCAAAAUAUUAGGGAGCACAUUUACAAACCUACAGUUCAGUGAAUUUUUUAAUUAAAUUGAGUUUUUAAGAUGAUUAAAUAAUUCAUCAAUGAAGCCAAAUAUGUGACACAUCACAACCAUAUCUUGCAUUUUCAUUCUUUCUGUUCCAUAUUUCUGGACAGUGCCAUAAAAUGCUGAAUAUAUUUUUAAUUUACUGUUUAGUUUUUUUCACUGCAUCAUAUCUGGACUAGACACAAACCCAUUUCACCAGAGCAGAACCUGGAUGUUCUGCUUUCACUCCUCAUUGUCUGUUAGUUCAUUACAGUCAUAUGAAUUGGUUACGAACACCUGAAUGCAUCGUCAAACAGCUGGGCAGCGUGCAGAGGAUUAUGGGACAUGAGGACCAAACCGUACACCAGUGCUGAACAGAGGGAGGCUUUUAUUAUCAAAGUUUCUCUUUGCAGCUGGAAAUUCAGACUGAUGACAAAUAAAUCAGGGGACAACCUUACCUGGUGAUGCAUGAUGGGACGUUUUACCUGGUUGUGUAGAUGUUUCUUUUUCCUGUUUUGUAUGUGCAUAUCAGAGUGAAGUUUAUGGUUUUAUUAUGCAAGUUUUGUAAACAAAGGGCUCCCCUGUUGUCAUAGAUAUAAACACAUAGAUACCACAUCAAUUUUGUUUAUUUUGUCUUACAAUGAAGUUUGUUUUUGUUAUUUGAAAUACAAAACAUUUAUAAAAGAAAAAUAACUUCUGAGUUAUUACAUGUUUCAUUAAAUUGCCUGAAACAUCCCCAAAAAAGCACAAACAAGACAUUUCCUGUUCUCUGAAUGGGAUAUUAUGCUAUCCUAAUAUGGCAGCAGUAUAUAUGCAUCAAUGUGGCAGCUACGUGUUUAUAUCUGUGAGUUUUGUUGAUAUUGCAGGAUGUGAUAGUUCCUGAUUUUAAUAGAAAUGUUGCUAGAUUGAAUUUCAUGACACCAAAGCCUGAUUCAUCAGACACAAAGUUGAAGUAAUUGUAACUGGUGCUCAGAGCAUAAAUAUACACGGUUUUAUUUGUAGAGGAGAGAAAUGAGAUUCUAUUUCAGUAAAACUGAGGAGAUUAUUUAAAGAUGGCCAUUUGUGUUAAGAGGGCAUGUAACAUUUGAGAGAUUUUUGCAACAAUAACAUUUUUUCCUGAAUUAACUUAGUUUGGUACCAGUUAUAAACUCAGGUAUCAGUGGAUAUAAAAUAUAUGGACUCAUCAAAACACCAAACAGCUUCUCAUUGAAGAUAUGUCAUCGUCAAUGAAACAGAGCUGAGGUCAGGCUGUUUAAUUUAUUGUCACUGUUUGACGUUCACAUGUAGAGAAAUUUCAGAUUUUACUGAGAUGCAAAAAUAAAAUGUUUCUGCACA